AUGGUGAAACGUGGUGUGACAGUGAGGCAAGAGAUAUUGAGAGAAGAGACAGUGGUUGGUGGUUGUGGGCGGCAGACUCUGUUGGGAAGUGGUGUUAAAGAACGGAGGACAUUCGUUUUGCUUUAUGAUCCUCGUGAACCUGAGCUGCAAAAGAUGCUGCACAGAGAAGCUUUCUUUCCGUCUGCCAAGUUCUCCGACCCGGAAACUCUAGAGACUUUGGUUAAACUUGGACUUAGACAAACCUUAAGCUUUACUGGUUUGCUGGAUUGUGCUAGGUCAGUUUCUAUGUUGUAUGAUUCAAGGAACUCAGAAGCAAUCAUAUAUGGGAGGAGGUUACUCGGUUGUUUAGAUGUAGUGGCAUUGAAGCUCUCAUCUGUGGUCGGUGAAGACAAUUUUAAUGAAUCUAGAACUACUAAACAAUAUCAGGAUGCCAGUGUAGUUAAUGAUGAAGACGACAAGAACUCUGCACAUGGUUCUGAGAGCUGCUUUAAGUAUGGUCUAGACAUUAAUUCAUUAGUGGGAAGCUUCAUUAAUGUUGAGCCAGGAGAAGAUUUUUGGUCCGAAUUGAAAACCAUCAGUUGGUGUCCCGUUUAUGCUGAUCCUCCUGUCCAAGGCCUUCCAUGGCAAGAAACAGGUUAUGAAAUAGCUGCUCCAGUAAUUACGAGGCCCAAAUCACAGUUGUGGAUGGUUUCAUCUAAGAUGAACAUACUGGAUAGUGAAUGUUACUCAACGUACCUACAGUGUAAAUUGGGUUGGAUGGAUCGACUAGAUAUUGAUAUUUUGUCAACACAAUUGAUUGGGCUAUCAAAGUCCUAUGCUCAGCUCAAGUUGCAUCCUGUGGUAGAACCUGAUUUUGAUGCUGCCUUGCAGAAGCAGAUCCCAUCACUUUAUUCACAAUUGGAAGAAUAUGUUGGUACUGAUGAUAUCUUUGUCCUUAAAUCUGCCUUGAAUGGUGUUAACUGGGUCUGGAUUGGAGAUGAUUUUGUAUCUCCAAAUGCACUUGCAUUUGAUUCACCGGUGAAAUUUAGUCCCUACUUGUAUGUUGUACCAUCUGAGUUAUCUGAGUUCAGAGAUUUGCUUUUGGCACUAGGUGUUAGACUUAGUUUUGAUGUUUUCGACUACUUCCAUGUUCUGCAGCGCUUGCAAAAUGAUGUGAAAGGGUCCCCACUUUCAACUGAUCAGUUGAGUUUUGUCCUUUGUGUCCUAGAAGCUGUUGCAGACUGUGACUCAGAUAGGCUAAUGCUUGAGGCUUCUAAUAAGCAAUUAUUGGUUCCAGAUUCUUUUGGAGUUCUUACGUGUGCAGGGGAUCUUGUGUAUAAUGAUGCACCAUGGAUGGAGAACAACACUGUUGUGGGUAAACGUGAUAUGCAUUCAAGUAUUAGCCAUGAUCUGGCAAACAGACUGGGGAUUCAAUCAAUACGUUGCCUCUCUUUAGUCAGUGAAGAAAUGACAAAAGAUUUACCUUGCAUGGAAUAUGCUAGAAUAUGUGAGCUGUUGGAAAUGUAUGGGAACAAUGAGUUCUUGUUGUUUGAUCUUCUUGAGUUGGCAGAUUGCUGCAAAGCCAAAAAACUUCACCUGAUCUUGGACAAGAGGGAACACCCUCGUCAGUCUUUGCUGCAGCACAAUCUGGGUGAAUUUCAAGGGCCUGCUCUGGUAGCCAUUCUAGAAGGGGCCAGCUUGAGUGGGGAGGAAGUAUCGAGCCUCCAGUUUCUUCCACCUUGGAGUCUACGGAAUGAUACUCUUAAUUAUGGCUUGGGAUUGUUAAGCUGUUAUUCCAUAUGUGAUCUUGUGUCAGUUGUUUCUGGAGGCUACUUCUAUAUGUGUGAUCCUCGUGGUUUGGCUCUUGCCACACCUUCAAGUCAUGCCCCUGCUGCAAAAAUGUUCCCUUUGACAGGUAAUUUGUCCAUGCACCUCUCAUAA